CGAAGGAAAGCGAAGAUCUCGGCAUUGUGUUUGAACGCAGGUCUCGGCAUUGAGGGUUUGUGCUCCGCCCCGGUGGAAAGCGGGAAGGCCGGGAAAAGGAAGGCCGGGUGGUCCCGGUUUGCGGGGGUGACGGCCGGGAUGGAUUGCCCGGUUGGUCGGGGCCAGCAGCACGUGUUGGGAAGGAAAAACGGUGGUUUUGUAUUCGACCGGUCGAGAACACGUUAUGGGCAUGAGAUGAAAUGGGUUUAAGAGUUUGGCUGUUUCGCAGUACCUACCGCCCUGUUUGGGGUGGUCAAAUACGGCAGCAGCCGGUGAUAAGGUUGUGGUGAGGUGGUGAGAUGGUGAGAUAGAUAGAUAGAUGGUGGGGGGCCAGCUCCGGAGGAGGAGCGAGAGACUCGAGACCCCAGGUGUGGAAAUCGUUGGGUCGUUGGGGGCAAUGGUUGGCUUCAGAGUGACAGUUCUCCAGCGUCCGUCUCUCUCCCCGCAAUGUCAUCACGAUAUAAGGGCUGUCUAGUCGCAUUCCUCAGUCCAUGUCAAAACCACUUCUGCAUCUGAUGAUGGCCCAAAAGGAAGAAAGACAUGCAAGAGAAGCUUUGGAGCUCUUGGCCCACCCGCUAGGUCCCGUUUUAGGACGCUCGCCCGACCGAGGCACCGUUUAUCUUGGCCGCCGCCUCCCCAAAGAUAGGCGUUCCCCGCUUUCAACUUCUGGCACUACCGCACAUCAGGAAUGAGGCCAGACAGGAUCAGGCCGUUCAUCCGUCUUCGUAGGGGUCAUUGCCACCCAAUGACGGACGGCCUGUUACUUGAUAGGAAAACUUAAUUGUAUUCCUAGAGUGCUCCCGGAUCGGAUGACCGUGUUCGUAGCGCCGCCGUCAUCGCAAAAGUCUCAAGAGAUGUGUGGUGGGUGGCAGAGAUGGAAAAGAUCUCGAAAAGAAAAAAAAAAAAAUUCCAUAGCGGGUGGAGACGGCCGGCUUUUACACGGUGGAUAUCGCCGCCGUCACACAACUUCGCACCGCUUCGGAAGCCUCCUUUUUUUUUUCUUUCUUUUUUCCUCUCUUCUUUUCUCGCGCAACACCGCAGGAGACACAGAAACCAGCCUCUUGGGGGCUGAUACACUCCGAAUCCAAAAGUGCUGGGCAAUGGGAGUGGGGGAACAGCUACUGGAAAGAUACGGUACCACCCACACCUGCGGGCGGAAGCUGCAUGUUCGCAUGGCAUUGGCGCCGCCGUCACCAAUCCUGCAUCUCAUCCCCACUACGCCAAGCCUAUCGAGACAUCAUGUUCCAUGUUUCCCAGGCAAGCUCGCCCCGGUGAGGGUGGCGGGACCUGAGCCGUGAUGCGUAGCGAGAGAGAUGGAUGGAUGGGCAACCCUCCAAGUUGCCCUAGUUUCCCCAGAGAUAAGGGAUUUUUUUUCUUCUGGGAAAUACUUAGCGUGUACAGCCUGCACUCAGGGUCCCCGUUUUCCCAGAAAAAUGAUAAAAAGAUGAAUCGCCGCUCCCGAUCCCUCGAUGCCACCUCGUGCCUCCUCGAGCUCUUCUUUUGCAGCAGAAGCAGCACGAGAGCUUCGGCCCUGACGGUGAUCCUCGACCUUGACGUCGCCAGCCACGGCCUCCCCCAUCAGGCUGACCCUUAGGAAAAAGCUUGUUUCUCCCCUUCGGCCUCUUACUCAUCAAGCCCAAAAAAGACUCCACCACACAGGAUAGGUUUUUUGAAGCUCCCGUCACUCCGCACCACCAUCGUCGAGACCGUCAGCUGCUCGCCCCCAAGCCGAAUACCCUUAUCCAACACCACACCCCGACUCACCUGGUAGAGAAUCGGACAUCAUGGGUUGGAAAGACAACAUCAACCAACGGGUUGCCGCCAGCUCGGUUGGCUACUGGUUUCAGUUGGAAGGAUCUGGACAUCCCAAGGAAAGAAAGGGGUCCCAGUUCCUCACCGAGUUCCGUGCCGGCCUUGCGACUUUCUUCGCCAUGGCCUACAUCAUCGCCGUCAACGCCAACAUCGUUGCCGACAGCGGCGGUACUUGCGUCUGCUCCAACGGACCCAACAGUGCAGAUCCCUACUGCAAGAUCACCAACACCUCCUCACCUCUGUUCAACCUUGAUUACCAGCUCUGCAAGACCGAGAUCAAGAAGGACUUGAUCACUGCCACUGCUGCUACUUCUGCCAUGGGAACCUUUUUCAUGGGUCUGCUCGCCAACCUGCCAGUCGGUAUUGCUCCUGGUAUGGGUUUGAACGCCUACUUUGCCUACACCGUCGUCGGUUUCAACGGCGAAAACAGUGUUCCCUUCCAAACCGCUCUCACGGCUAUCUUCAUUGAAGGAUUCAUCUUCUUCGCUCUCGCUCUCCUCGGCAUGCGCCAAUGGCUCGCUCGCGCCAUCCCUCGCUGCAUCAAGCUCGCCACCUCUGUCGGUAUCGGUCUGUUCUUGACAAUCAUCGGUUUGACUUACGCUCAAGGUAUCGGUCUCGUCCUGCCCGGACAGGCCGUGCCCAUUCAGCUUGCCGGCUGUCUCGAGGCUGACAUUGCGGACGGCAAAUGCCCCGACAGCGUCAAGAUGCGCAGCCCCAUGAUGUGGAUCGGCAUCUUCUGCGGCGGUGUCUUCACAGCUAUGCUCAUGCUCUACCGCGUCAAGGGCGCCAUCAUCGCCGGUAUCAUUCUCGUGUCCAUCAUCUCUUGGCCCCGUGGCACCCCCGUCACCUACUUCCCCUACACCGAGCUCGGCACCAACAACUUCAACUUCUUCAAGAAGGUUGUCGACUUUCACCCUAUCCAGAACGUGCUGAACGUGGUCGACUUCAACAUCUCGGGUGCGGACGGAGGUGCUUUUGGCCUCGCCCUCAUCACGUUCUUGUACGUCGACAUCCUGGACACCACGGGUACGUUGUAUUCGAUGGCUCGUUACGCCAGCCUCGUCGACCCCGUCACCCAGGACUUUGAGGGCUCCACCAUCGCUUACAUGGUCGACUCGAUCACCAUUGUCAUCGGCGCCAUCUUGGGCACCCCUCCCGUCACCGCCUUUGUCGAGUCCGGCGCCGGUAUCGGAGAAGGCGGCAAGACCGGCCUCACGGCCAUGUGGACAGGUCUCUGCUUCUUCAUCUCCAUCUUCUUCGCCCCCAUCUUUGCGUCCAUCCCGCCCUGGGCCACCGGCUGCGUGCUCGUCCUCGUCGGGUCCAUGAUGGUGCAAGCCGUUGUGGACAUCAACUGGAAGUACAUUGGUGACGCCGUGCCAGCCUUCAUCUGCAUCGCCAUCAUGCCCUUCACCUACUCCAUCGCUGACGGUCUGAUCGCGGGCAUCUGCCUGUACAUCCUGAUCAACUCGCUUGUUUGGAUCAUCGCCAAGGCUUCCGGCGGCAGGAUUGUGCCGCCCAACUUUGAGGAGAAGGAGCCCUGGAGCUGGAGCCAGACUGGGGGUGUCAUCCCUCCCUGGAUGAAGAGGUUGGCGAGCGGCAAGAAGGAUUUCUGGAGAAAGGAGCACGAGAUUCCCGGCAGCCCUGCUUCCACCGAGGGGGUGACGGAGAAGAUUGAGGGAAAGGAUGCUGGGAGCGACAAGGGGGUGAAUGCUGUUGCUGGCGAGGGCAAGCCUGAGAAGGUUGCGUAAACCC